AUGAACGAUGAUGUCGGAUCUAUAUCAUUGCUUCAACAUUACGAGCUUUUGAUGUGUGGAUUGAUCAAUCAUCUCAGUGCAACUGCUGCAAUUUCCCUAUCGGUUUCCGAGCGCAAAAAGCUAUGGCAACAAUUGAGGAUUCUUUCUCAUGAUUUGAUCGCAGUCACUUCAGCGCCAAAAGUCGGUUUGAGCCCAUACAUCCGUUGUAACGUAGCAAUUCCGACGUUGCGACGGUUACAGCAUCACUUGUUGAACAUUUUAAUUUCUGAAGACGAUCCUCGUCCCGCUCCUCUUGACUCGGAAACUUUGGCUAGGUGUGCACUAUCAACUUUAAUAUCAAGCACCGAUGGCUUGGAUCCAAGUGUUAUUGCACCAAUGCUGACCGACAGACACGUAUUCAGCUUGAAAAACACCUGCGUCGUGCCUCCAGAUAGCAGAAUUGGCACCGAAAUUUCGCAGUUAUUUACGUUUCAAUCAAUCGAUUGGUCUUUAUUAUCAAUAGAUGAUAGUAGCUGGAAUGAUCACAUCGUCGGUACUCAAACGAGGUCAGCGGAGAUCGUAUGGACGGAUAUGGCUGCAUUGCUGGCGAAACAGCAGAGCAACCAAGUGACAGAAAAGCUUACAGUUCCUCCGGAAGACAAGGCUCAAAUAAAGCACUACGUGAUUCGCACUUUGGGUAUGGGGACACUCUCAUCAGUGGUUCGCACCAUGUUUUUCGCAAGGAACGAGGAGCAAUUCGACCCAGACGAAAAACGGACAGCGUCUACUUAUGUGAUGCUAGGGAGAACGGUAACGAAGACACAAUCCAUCGCAAUGGAAAAGCCUUACAGGACAACACCAUCACGAGCGUACAUGGCGUUGAUGUUUUGCUUGUACCUCUCAGUUGAACAAGGCGAGGAAUGCAUGCAAUUACUGUCGAACCUUCUUCCAGUGUAUUUGGAGCUGAUUGAUUCGCCCGACAAUGUUUUCUGCUGUCUCGGGGUCAGUGCGCUCCUUGCGUUGCUGAACGUGACGGGGAAAAGUAAAUAUUGGCUGGAAUACGAAGGGCAUUGUAUUGUAGCAUUAAAUUCUGCCUUUACGACGCAUCGCAACGGAUUCUGGCCAGAAACGAAAGCAAAUAACCCGUCAAUGGCUGCUACAGUUGCAACAGUUAGCGCUUGGGAUGCUAUUGAGCUCGGGCGCCUCGGCCUUUCUGCUUUGCUCCCCCUCCUUGUUUCCGAGACUGCCGACAAGAAAAUCUUUGCUUCUCUCUUUGUAGCAUUGAUCAAUCUAAUGGCUGGAGCCUAUCCCAUGAUGGCCCAUCACAGGGGCAAAAUCAUGAUCCAUCUCCUUGCGGCAACAGCGAAAUUAAAGAUGGCUGAUGAUUCUGAUGGUUGUUGCGUACUCGCCUUGGGCCGCCAUACUGCAGGCUUAGUUCAUGUGAUUGUUUCUUCUGGAGGAAACAAAGAUGCUGAAAUAUUGCUCGAUACUAUUGAACGGGAGAGUGAUAGGUACCAAAUCGCCCUUAUCGAAGUUGGAAAAGAGAUUCGGGAGUAUGCUGCAGAGAUAUCAAAUAGACUCAUGAAAGAGGGGUCCACUUUUGAAGCCACACUAUUGUUUUUACAACAAAAUAGCGAGUUCUGUUAA